GCAAAAAUUUAAACUAUUGCAACAGUACGAGGAGCUAUACGAGCGAUCGAAACACGUAAGAGGAGCAUUUUUUUUGAAGUGCAGAAAAUUCACAUACGCUUCUCCCUAUUCCUUCGCCUUCUUCGCUUUCGUCGGCUUGUUUUCACGAAGGAGGAACGUUAACCAAACGACUCGGCGAGUGGAUUGUAAAAGCCCCCACGUGCAACGUACACGAAUAUGCGUUACUCGUGCAGGUACAUUUUGAGGCAUCCAUAAAGGGGUAUACUUGAUCAGCUGGACAGUCACCUGAACCUGGGCACACUCACCCACCCCCCCACACGUAACUAAUGACGAGAGGCACGACACACCCGAAUGAAUACCCGCGGAUGUGCUCCUAAUUGGUACCCCCUCACUGCAGUGCAGCCGAAUAGAGAGCUCUACACACCUGGACGAGGCUAACUGGUGCGCCAGCUGAAAGUUCCACCGCUUCGACUAUAGGUAGCACUUCAAUUAGAGGUACCACUUCGAUCGAUUUGAGCCACCGCUUCCCCGUGGACGGCGUACUCUCCACUUGCUCGCUUCCCGCUCGCCGCGAACUCGCCCCCCCUUUAUGGAAGCAAAACUCAACAAUGAGGAAGAGAAAAAAAGGAACAAAAACACAAUCCUGGUGUGCGGCCUGGUCUCAGGCCUAGUCACCAAAACGCUAUUUGCCCCCUUCGACCGGAUAAAGCUUUUUUACCAAAUCCAGCCAAUGUUUCACCACUACAAGGAGAGAGGCAAAGAUGAUUCAAAGGGCAAGAAGAAAAAACGCAUCACGAGCAGCAAAAGUUUGCUGUUAAGCGGGGUAGACCAAUCGGCAAGCAUACAAACGGGGACGAUAGAAUCGGACUUAAAGCGAAAGAGACUUGCACAGAACGAAAAUGUGCACCUCCGUAAUUUAAAAAAUACCAUAAAUCAAAUAAUUCAUAAUAGUAAAAAAAAAAAAAAAAAAAAAAUUAUGAACACGAGCGUGAAAUAUGCUGAACUGUGCAGGCACUACAACAACACAAAGUACUCUUCCCCUCACCAAGUUUUUAAAAAAAUUUUGCAUUCCCAUCAAAAUAGGACAAACAUUAAUAACGUAAGUAAUAAUUACCCCCUUUUAAACAUCAACAAUCAUGUGAAACACGCGUUGAGAAGCAAAAGCAUCUGCUUGAGCAGGGCAACACUCAGUGCUAGCCAGCCAGUCAAAUAUCAAAGCAUUAUUCAAAGCUUCCUCUUUAUAAUGAAGGAAGAGGGCAUCUUGGGGCUGUGGAAGGGAAACUUAAUCAACACCGUUCGAGGCGGAAUCGUCUACUCAGCAAAAUUUGGAACAAACGAUUUGAUAAAAGAAAAAUAUAAAAAAAAAAAAAAAGAUGACAGCGCUGCUUUAGAGGUGUUCCCCAAAGGGUUAACCACCAAAAAUGAUGCAAAAAAAAAUGACCAAUUGGUGAGAAAAAAUUUUAAUUAUUACGAAAGUGUGAUAGCUGGCUAUGCCUCAGGUAUAAUACAAAAGACGCUGUCGUACCCCCUAGAUUUACUAAGCAUCAGAGUGGCCCUAGGAAUAAAUGAAAAAUAUUUGAGGAAUAGCAACUCCAUGUUUAAUCAAAAGAAAUCCAUCCUUGGCAUCAUUCGCGAAAUUAAUAGUAACGAAGGAUUUGCAGGAUUUUUCAAAGGGUAUUUACCAACCCUAUUAACAGGGGUACCAUACGUAACGUUGCAAAUGCUAUUUUUUGAUUUUUAUAAAAAUAUUUUUCAAAAUUAUUUUCCCCACAAAUCAAAUUCGCUAAGUUCUGUGGCCAUCUACUCGUCUGUCGCCGGAUCGCUCAGCAACCUCUCCUCCUUAGUAAUUGUCUUCCCAGGAGACACCGUUCGGAAGAGAAUGAUGAACAACGGAAUAGACAACAAAAAUUAUAUUUACAAAAAUACCAUCCAUUGUAUUAAAAAUAUUUACCACUGCGAAGGGGUCAGAAAUUUCUACUACGGUUUGUUUCCCUCCAUGCUGAAGUCCAUCCCCUCCGGCGCGAUACAGUUCAUGUCCUACGAAAUUUUGAAGCAUAUGAUGUCGCAGGCGUGA